UUUGACAAUAGGGAAUAUUCUGCUGAUGCAGAUGAAGCUUCUGCAAAGGAGGCGGCUCGAAGGCACAUACAAGAUGGAAGUAUAGGUUAUACAAAUGCUGAAGUAGUUGUGAAGCUUGGUGGUUGGGACUUGAAGCAUGCUAGAGAUGUUGCUCAGGGGUGCUUGAGUGCAUUAAAACAACUAAUCUUAUCAGACAAUCAGCUUACAGGAAAGAAGAGUCUGUACAUCAGGUUAGGGUGUCGUGGAGAUUGGCCAAACAUCAAACCACCAGGCUGGGACCCAUCGAGUGGGGUAGAUCCCUCUCCUGAGUCAUGACAACAGCUUGGGACCCACUAAGUGUGGUAGGUCCCUCUCCUGAAUUCUGUUUAAAUGAGUGUACAAUCAUGAUCAUUCGUUACUAGAUGUGGCUUCCAUGAUCCGAUGCUUGCUAAGAUGAGUGAUAGUUAUCCCUGCCAAUUGCGCCUGUAAUUUUUGUUGCAUAUUGUCAUUAUCAGUGGUGUAGCAGUCUAAAUUAGUAGUUAAUGUUCACAAGUGGCCAGUUCGCAGCUGAAAUUGAGAAAUCGUUUAUGAGUUUG